AUGGCGGCGUCUUCCAACACGAUGGACCAGUAUCACGUAUUCAGGGUGUUCCAGCAGAACUUCGUUGUGGACCGCCGAUUCCAGCUGAUCAAGGGACUGGGACAGGGAGCCUACGGCAUCGUGUGCUCGGCCAAGUAUAUCGAGGCCGGCGACGAGGGGGGCCAUGUGGCCAUCAAGAAGGUGACCAACAUCUUCAGCAAGAAGAUCCUGUGCAAAAGAGCGCUGCGAGAGAUCAAGCUCUUGCGCCAUUUCAGGGGCCACAAGAACAUCACCUGCUUGUACGACCUCGACAUAGUGCCGGAUCCCAACGGCAACUUCAACGAGAUCUAUCUGUACGAGGAGCUCAUGGAGUGCGACAUGCACCAGAUCAUCCGCUCCAACCAGCCGCUGACCGACUCGCACUACCAGUCGUUUGUCUACCAGAUCCUGUGCGGGCUCAAAUAUAUCCACUCGGCAGACGUGCUCCACAGGGACCUCAAGCCGGGCAAUCUGCUGGUCAACGCGGACUGCGAGCUCAAGAUCUGCGACUUUGGGCUUGCAAGAGGCUACUCGAACGACCCGGAGAAGAACCAGGGCUUCCUGACCGAGUACGUGGCCACGAGGUGGUACCGUGCUCCCGAGAUUAUCUUGAGCUUCCAGGGCUACACCAAGGCCAUCGACAUGUGGUCGGUGGGGUGCAUACUGGCGGAACUGCUAGGCGGCUCCACCAUUUUCAAGGGCAAGGACUACGUUGACCAGCUGAACGAGAUCCUGAAGGUGCUAGGCACCCCCAACGAGCACACCAUGCAGAGCAUCAAGUCGUCCAGAGCACAGGCGUACGUGCGGUCGCUGCCGUACAUGCCCAAGGUGCCGUUCGAGAACUUCUUCCCGCACGCGAACCCGCUGGCGAUCGACCUGCUCAACCGCAUGCUGACGCUCAACCCAGAGGACAGAAUCACCGUGGAGGACGCGCUGCAACACCCGUAUCUGGAGGUGUGGCACGACCCGAACGACGAGCCGGUGUGCGCGACCAAGUUCGACUUCUCGUUCGAGGAAACAGACGACAUUAAUGAGAUGAAGCAGAUGAUCAUCGAGGAGACCCGCUCGUUCAGAGAGUACGUGAGAAGACCGCUCGAGGAGCAGACGAUAGUGAGCGAGCAGUACGGCGGCGCGACGGGCGCCUACGAGAUGGACCAGCCGCAGCAGCAGCCGCAGCUGAAGACGCCGUUCGAGGGCCAGGUGGCCGACUACGAGCUGCCCCCAAAACCGCAGGAAAUGCUCUACGACGACAACAUCGACCUCGAAAGAGAGUUGGCGUACGGGCUGGACGGCUACAACUUCCAGUACCAGUGA